AUGCCCCGGGCUUCGGAAGACGUCCUGUGCCAAAUAUGUGGUGCGACAAUGCCAGUGCGCAGGAUAAUGUCCCAUACAAGGAUGUAUUUCGUCCCAGUGUCCUCUGACCACCAACACCAUGACAAUGCCAAUGAUGGUGUCAACGAUGAUGCACCCCCGGCGCCUCAGCUGGAUGACAUCAAAAUCGAAUAUCAUCCACAUAGCAAGAUACCUUCAACUGUUCAUCCAUUUUCCGAUUUUUCUUGCCACCAUCCUACAGAGGAUACAAUGCCUCGUCAUGCCUCUCCAUGGGAACCAUUCUGCACACGGCUCGACUUCGAGGUCGCAGAGAUUGCGCUUGCUGCAGCGAUGACGAAAGACCAGACCAACAGGCUUUUUGAGCUCAUGCGCCGUGCUGCAAGCGCUAAAGAAGAUUUCACUUUGCAGAGUCAUGAUGAAGUUUGUACAUUGUGGAAAAUGGCAUCCGAACGAUUUACGCCUUUUGAGACCAGUACAAUAUCUGUGCCGCAUCACGGUGAGGCUCGUGAAUACACGAUGUACUCCCGCUGUCUUUGGAACUGGGCACUUGACCUAAUGCAAGAUAUUCGGUUCGCACCACAUUUCGUGUUUGAUGCUCAGCGCCUCUAUAAAUUUAACGGAGCACGGUUUGUGCAAUUCAUAGAUGAGCCCUGGGCUGCUAAUGCAUUCUGGGACGCACAACUACAGUCGCGCCUUCCACCUGAUGCUAAGCCACUUGUGUUCAUCCUGUAUGCCGACAAGGCCAAACUAUCUUCUUUUGGAACCGAUGGCUACCCAAUUGUUGUCCGGAUUGCAAAUUUGCCUGUUGAGAUUCGCAAUGGUACGGGUGUAGGUGGCGGACGAGUUGUUGGUUGGUUGCCGAUUCAAAAAAAAAGUUUUGUGAACUUUAAGAACGCGGUCUGGCACGGGUCAUUCCUCAAGUUACUCAAGGCAGUCAUAGUACACUCGAAGAGUGGAUAUUGGUUUGAAUGUUGGGACCACGUACAACGCCUUCUUUGGCCUUUAAUAUUGAUUCUAAGCGCCGAUUACGAGGCACAGUGUGUUAUGUCCUUAAUUCGGAGACUUAAAGGCAAAUUUCCGUGUCCGGUUUGCUUGGUUCCUCAAGAACAGCAAGCGGUAUUGUCGGACGCACAUCCUUUACGCACAAGUACUCAGUCUCUCGGCAUUCUCAAUGCGGCAAGAUCAACAUUGACAGAAAAGGAAAAGGAGAAACAACUCAAGGCGUACUCACUGCGUGACGUCGAGAAUUGUUUUUGGAAGGUUUCUCACUGCGACGUUCACCGAGCACUUUCAUUUGACCGCCUGCAUUCCAAUAAUGCUGGGAUGUGGGGCGAUCAUCUGUGGUCGGAGCUCCAUUUUGAUGCUCUCCCAAGGUGGCGCGACCUCAAACACUUCUUGCAGGUGGUGGGGGUUGAUUUCAACGAUGGCUCGGCUCACGAAGACAUAUCAAAGAUGAUCAUCUUUACGGCACAGAAUGUCCUCAGCCGCACUAAUAGUGAACUCGGUUAUCUACUUCUACGCUGCAUAUGUUGCUAUGUCGACCUCGACAUUUAUGCAGCACUAGAGGUUCACACUGAGGAUACCACUGCAGCCGGAAGAGAUGCCUUGUCUCGAUUCUCAAUGCUCAUGGAUCUAUAUAUCGAGAAAUCACAGCCUGAAACCAGAAAGAGUUGGAAUUUUCCGAAGAAGCAUUUGCUUACACAUUUGUUUGACAAUAUCCUUGCGAAAGGUGUCACACGGAAUUAUAACACAAAGGUAAAUGAAAAAAUGCAUGGCCCACUGAGAGCUAUCUACCUCCAGUGGACGAAUUUCAGAGAUGUCGCUCCCCAGAUCCUCCGCUACGACCACUGGCAACUUACAUCAACUUCUAUCCGUGAUGAGAUCAAUGACCUAGACGUGUAUACUGACAACUUGAAAGCUGCUAUAGAGCCUGAGGCAACCAAUAAUCCUGAAGAUGUUGUAAAUGCAGCACGUGUACAGUUGGGUGCGAGGCAGGGCGAUUUCUCCUUUUCAGCCAUCGAGCAAACACAUGCCACAGACAGGGCAUUUUUUGGUUUUCGAAUCAAGUUGAACAAAUUUUUCAAUGACUUGCUGCUGAACGAUGCAAUUCCCUUGCCGAACGAGACAUGCAGCAGAUUUCAAGCUUGUGACCAGUCGAUGGUUGACUGGCGUCUGCAACGAGACCUCCUUCAAUGUAACCCAAAAUUCUUUGGGUCACCAAGAUAUGACUGCAUCAUCAUAAAGACUGAACACCAGCCACUUUUCGCACAUCUUAUCUACAUGUUCCGCUGCAAAGUUGGGGGGACUGAACUUUCUCUUGCCCUGAUCCAUCCUUACGACAUUGGUAUUGGUGUUUGCCGCAGACAAGACUUAGAUUUGGGGCUCUGGUCGGUGCGAGCGAAACCUCAGUCAUCUUCUGAAUUCAUCUUUGUCGAGUCCAUCAUUCGUGGUGUUGCACUCGCCAGUGACCCUGAAGCAGUCAAUGAUUACUUCGUUAUGGAUACCAUUGAUACAGACAUGUUCCUCCGCAUGAAGGCACUUCAAGGCAGUUCUGGCUUACACUUCCAGCGUCAAUAG